AUGGGUUAUGCCAAGAAGACCUUACCAUUCUUUCUAGGCAACCUUGAUUUAAUACUCGACAUGAUUCCGGGGGACAUGGUGGUGAAUGCUAUGAUGGUUGCCAUGGCAGCACACUCAGAUGAUCAAAAAGGUCAGAUCAUCUACAACGUAACUUCGUCAGUAAGCAACCCAGCACCCUCAGGCCUAGUCAUAGAUGCAAUGCACCGUUACUUCUUUGAGAACCCGCCAUGCAAAGGGAACGGUGGGCGUGUUCGGCUGAAGAAAAUGCGAUUCUUUAGCAUGCUCACGCAGUUGAGAUUGUACAUGGCCAUCAAGUACAAGCUUCCCCUCGAGAUGCUUCGCCUAGUGAGCAUCGCACUCUGCGGCAUUUUCUCAGAAUGCUACAACAAGCUCAAUGGAAAAUACAGUUUCAUCAUGCAGAUGAUCGAGCUCCACGCACCAUACACCUUGUUCAAAGGGUGCUUUGAAGACACGAACUUGGUGAAGCUAAGGACGACGAUGAAUAAGGACGAUCAAAUUAACAAUGGAGCAUAUUACUUUGACUUUGAUCCCAAGUCCAUAAACUGGGUUGAUUAUUUCUAUGGUGUACACAUUCCUGGUGUGCUUAAAUAUUGUAUUUAA